GCAACGAACGCCUGGGAGAAAUUGUGUUGUCACACUUCAAAAAUAUUUUUAUUUUUUAUUUAUCCCCAGAAUUUUCUCCCCUAGUUUGUACCGAGAUGACAAGAAAAACAACAAGAAGAAAAAGAUACGCCAUUUUUGCUAGAAGCACAGGUGGAACUUUUCCUGAUGGAUACAUCUGUAAAACUUGGACACCAUGACAGUAACAAAGCAAGAAAGAGGCUCCCAGAAAUUCCCCCAGAGGAGUUGGCUUUGCAUGGCGGGAAAGAGACAGCAGAUGGUCAGAUCAAACCCCAAGGCCUCCCCCCUGAAGUUCAGGCCAACAUUCGGCGUCGACAGUUUAAGAGUAGCAUCCACAAGAGGUCAAGGUCAUUGUCUGGAUUGGAGGGGAUUGAUUUCUAUUUGGAUGUGGACCCUAAGCAAACUCCCAAUCAAGAGGAGGUUAAAGAGAGUAAUUCUUCCAUACGGAAUGACAAAGAGAACAUUGCCAUGUCAUUGCCUAAUACACCAGUUAUCCAAAGACGGAGCAGCACAGGAAAUCAAUUGUCCAAAGAAGACAAAGAUCAGGAAAUUUUGAAGGAGCUUCGCUGGCAUUACAAACAGUACAUCAGAGCUUCCAAGCGAAAGAAGGAAAAGAUAAGUCCAAGUGGUGAACCUCGUGUUGUUGGGGCUGUACAGGCUGUCCUUAGUGAGACAGCAGACAAAAAGCAAUCGUUUGAAUCGAACCGCUGCGACAGCUGCGGCAAAUCUGUAGAUAUCCUUGAGCGUGUAGCAGUCGAGAACCACGUGUUUCACAAGGCUUGUUUUGUGUGCGCCAUAUGUAACGUCUGGUUAAAUCACUUUAACUACUGCUUCGUGCCAGACCACGACAAGUUCUACUGUGUUCAACAUUAUCAGGACAUAGAGAAUGCCACAGAGGGGCUGGGUAGUGGCGAGAUACGAAAGGCGAUGGGUAUCGGCCCGGGUGUCCAACAACAGUUCAAGUUUACACCAGAUGUGAAGAGUGGUGGCAAGGAGGAUAAAACGGCGAACCGAGUACAGAAUUCUCUCAAGAUUAUGAAGGAGAAGAUCGCACUGCUCAGCAAACGCGGCAAGAAACUUACAAAGAGAUCAGCAAAACUCAAGACAGAGUUCCUAAAGUGUAAUAAUGACGAGGAAAAACGGAAGAAGUUCUUUGAAUGGUUCGACGCAGAACAUGAGAAAAACACGACCGUGCGGCGAGAAGCAGAACUUACGUUUAAGGUCCGGGAGACGGAGCUGUCUGAAAAGUACCACGAGCUUGAAAAACAACUUCGUGUCAUCUCAGAAAAAAGCGAAAACACAAAGACAGAAUAUGACAAGUCAAAAGAAAAAGAGCUGUUACAGGAAAUGCUUGUAGUGGUGGAGAAGCGCGAGCAACUGAUUGCCGAAAUGGACGAGUCAAAACACAGAUACAUGGAUGAGGACAAAGACUUGGAGAGGCAAAGUGAAGAAAUAGGUGUAAACAGACCAGACUUAAUUAAAGAUGCCACAGCGGCAGACAAAGAUGCCCACAAAGUUUCAAGUGCUGUCAGUCGUGCACCGUCCACAGUCAAGAAGCAGUCACUCAUGUGUCCGGGAUGUACUCUUUUCUAGUUUAGACACCACCAUCAGACAUCACAGUUAGUUCUUUAUCUCACCACCAAGAAGCAGUCACUAAUGUGUCCAGGUUGUACUCUGCUUUAGCUUAGACAUCAAGACACCACCAUCAGCUUCUAGUCUAGCCAGUUUAGGGUGUAAUAUAUUCUAGCUAAGAUAUCUACUGUAGAAACCACACAGGUGUGUGCCCAGAUUUGCUGAGGGGGGUACACAGUCAAAGGUAUCAUAUGGAAAAAGGAUAGUAUUUGCAAAGAUCCUUUAAUAAGAAGGACUUUUGAGCGGUUAAGGGGGUGUGCGUGCACCACCUCCAAAACAACUGUCCAAGAAACAUUUUUGUGUCGCUUGAGGAUUUGGCACUCUCUACAGGUUUUUUGGGGUAGCAUAACAAGGAGAAAUGCUGCAUGCCGCAGACUAUAUGUCUUCUAGUUUAGCCAGGCCUUUUAAAAGGAGUAAAACUCUUACUGGAGCAAUCAUUUGGAAACAAGCAUGGGUAUGGGUAUGGAGAUUUUCAAAAUAGCAAAAUAAUAUGGAUUUUUUAAUUGUGGGUUUUUAGAGGCAUACUACAGUAUUUUCAUUCAGAUUGGAGUUACAAUAAAUUUAAAUCUAUUGGAA